AUGCUUUUCAGUGAUUUACUGAGAGAAACUCCUACACAACACAAUUGUGUGUAUUCCAGUGAAGUGAAAAAUAUCGAAAAACUAAGUUCUGCAGGGAAGAUGACAAAGCUAGAAGUAGGAAAUGAAGCAUCCGUGAGAAGAACCAUAACAGUUAAAGAUUUAGAUAAAUUUGGCAGUCUUAUUGGGGAUUACAACACAGUACAUAGUGGGGUGAGACCAAUUGUCCAUGGUGCAUUUCUGAAUGGCCUUGUUUCUGGUGUUAUAGGGACAAAACUACCUGGUCCAGGGUCCAUUGUAGUCCAAGAGCUUUUAAGGUUUCCUAAUUCAUGCCAUGCAGGAGAUACCGUAAAUGUUACUGUUAGAAUUACAGAAGUUAGAAAGCUUGUAUCUUGCUCAUUCUCGUGUGUCUGUGAAUCUGACAACAAGGUAGUUAUGGAAGGCACUGCAAAGCUAAUAAUAAAGAGUUAA